AUGCCUUCCACACACAAGAAGGACAAGCCCUGGGAUACUGAUGAUAUAGACAAAUGGAAGGUUGAGGAAUUCAAGCCAGAGCAUAAUGUCGCUGGUACCUUUCUGGAGGAGUCGUCAUUUGCCUGCCUCUUCCCAAAAUACCGAGAAGUCUAUCUGAAACAAGCCUGGCCCAUGAUCACCAAAGCCUUGGAAAAGAGAGGAGUUGCCUGCACGCUGGACUUGGUGGAAGGGAGGAUGGAGGUUCGGACGACGCGUAAAACGUUUGACCCUGCCGCAAUUCUGGCUGCAAGAGACCUUAUCAAGUUGCUGGCUCGAAGCGUACCCGCACCGCAGGCCAUCAAAAUUCUCGAAGACGAUAUUGCCUGCGAUGUCAUCAAGAUUCGAAAUCUGGUGAGAAACAAGGAGAGAUUUGUCAAACGCCGGCAACGUCUGCUGGGUCCGAACGGCUCAACACUGAAAGCAUUGGAACUCCUCACAAACACUUACAUCCUGGUGCAAGGCAACACCGUCAGCGCCAUGGGCAAUUACAAAGGACUAAAAGAGGUGCGAAGAGUGGUUGAAGACUGUAUGGACAACAUACAUCCGAUAUACCAUGUCAAAGAACUCAUGAUCAAAAGAGAGCUGGCCAAAGAUCCGACCUUGAAGAAUGAGAGUUGGGAAAGAUUCCUUCCACAAUUCAAGAAGAAAACUUUGAGCAAGAGGCGCACGCCAUUCAAGGUGACAGAUAAGUCCAGCAAGGUGUACACGCCCUUCCCACCUCCACAAGAAAAGAGCAAGAUCGAUCUCCAGAUUGAAAGUGGUGAAUAUUUCCUCGCAAAGCAGGCCAAGAAGAGAUCCGAGGAACAAGAAAGACUACAGCGACAGAGAGAGAAGAAGGAAGAAAGACAGCAUCAGCGUGAAGAGGCCUUCGUCCCGCCAAAAGAGGAUGCCGCCGAGAAGCCCAAGAAGAGAAAGUUGACUUCGGAUGGAGAGGUCCGAAAGUCGAAAAAGUCCAAGACUGUGGCUUGA